ACCUCCGCACCGGAAGGGAUAGCCGCGGUGCGUUCGGGCUAGUUGGUACAAAUGAAAUGCCGUGGAACUCCGAUCCUCCUGCGCCGUCUUGACUUUUUUAUGCUAAGCUUUAUUGAAGCUUCUCGUCUCUGCUCUUGCGUGUCCUCGUGAUCCAUGACGGCUUGGGUCAGCCAUGGCUGUCGUGUCGUGGAAGGAGAUUUUGCUCGUGACUGGGCUGGUGGUGGGAUGCUACUGGAACAGUCUGUCGUGCGGCUUCGUGUUUGACGACGUCUCGGCUAUCCUCGACAACAAGGACCUCCGGCCCUCAACCCCUCUGGGCAACCUGUUCCUCAAUGACUUUUGGGGAACGCCGAUGGCCGAGGAGCGGAGCCACAAGUCCUACAGGCCGCUGACGGUGCUCACGUUCCGACUGAACUACGUCUUCAGCGAGCUCAGCGCGGCUUCCUAUCACCUGCUGAACGUCAUGCUGCACGCCGUCGUCUGCGUGCUUUUCCUGCGGGUUUGCCGGCUCUUCCUGGACAGGACCUUCAGCUUGCUGGCGGCGCUGCUGUUCGCCGUGCACCCCGUCCACACCGAGGCCGUCACCGGUGUGGUUGGCAGAGCUGAGCUACUUUCUUCUAUUUUCCUUUUGGCUGCCUUCCUGGCAUACACAAAGUCAACCAGUGCCGACCACGCCAUCGUUUGGCCCCCCAUUGCGCUGACUGUCGUUCUGGUGGCUUCAGCGACGCUGUGCAAGGAGCAGGGAAUCACCGUGGUCGGCAUCUGUUGCGUCUAUGAAGUGUUUGUUGCACAAGGGUUCACCCUGCCCAUGCUGCUGGAUACUUUGCGGCAAAUCCUGCAGGGUAAAGAUGGUUUCCCGUACGCCGUCCUGCAAACUCUGCUGAAGCUCAUUGUCCUUGUCAUCAGCACCCUGCUGCUGGUCAUCAUCAGGGUUCAGGUCAUCCAGUCCCAGCUGCCGGUCUUCACCAGAUUUGAUAACCCGGCAGCAGUCAGUCCCACUCCCACCAGGCAGCUCACCUUCAACUACUUGCUCCCUGUGAACGCAUGGCUCCUGCUAAAUCCCUCCGAGCUGUGCUGCGACUGGACCAUGGGGACCAUUCCGCUGGUGGAGUCCGUUCUAGACCUCCGUAACCUGGUCACCGUCUCGUUUUACACGUUUCUGUGCCUGCUUGCCCACUACAGCCUGCGCUACAGACACAGCUCAGCCAAGACUGUGAUCAUGGCCUUGUCUUUGAUCGUCCUGCCCUUCAUUCCAGCAUCCAACCUCUUCUUUCCUGUGGGUUUUGUUGUUGCAGAGAGGGUGCUAUAUGUUCCCAGUAUGGGAUUCUGUGUUCUUGUAGCACAUGGAUUCAAGAUUGUCUCAAAUAAAGGGCAAUUAAAGAAGCUUUCCAAGGUGAUGAUUGGAGUGCUGUUAACCACACAUGCAGCGAAAACCUUCAACAGGAACUGGGACUGGGAAUCAGAGUAUACGCUGUUUACCUCUGCCCUAAAGGUCAACAAGAACAAUGCCAAGUUAUGGAACAAUGUUGGCCAUGCCUUAGAGAACCAGAACAAUUAUGCAAUGGCUCUACGGUACUUUCUGCAGGCCACUCGCGUCCAGCCAGAUGACAUUGGCGCUCACAUGAACGUUGGAAGAACUUACAAGAACUUGAACAAGUCCAAAGAGGCAGAGGAAGCUUAUCUGGUUGCUAAAUCGCUCAUGCCACAGGUUAUCCCCGGUAAGAAGUACGCGACACGUGUGGCCCCCAAUCACCUCAACGUUUACAUCAACCUGGCAAAUCUGAUCCGGGCCAACGACUCCCGGCUGGAGGAAGCGGAUCAGCUCUACAGACAAGCAAUCAGCAUGAGGCCAGACUUCAAACAAGCCUACAUCAGCAGAGGAGAGCUGUUGCUGAAGAUGAACAAGCCAACAGAAGCCCGUGAUGCCUACCUCCGAGCCUUGGAGCUUGACGCCACCAACGCCGACCUGUGGUACAACCUUGCCAUAGUCAAUAUCGAAAUGAAAGACCCAUCUGAAGCCCUGAAAAAUUUUAACCACGCCCUGGAGCUCAACCCACGCCACAAACUGGCGCUUUUCAAUUCAGCUCUUCUCAUGCAGGAGUCUGGGGAACCGAGGUUCUGGCCUGAAGCCAACCGUCGUUUCCUCACUUACGUGGAAGAGGAGCCAGACGACGCCAACGGCUACUUCAACCUGGGCAUGCUGGCCAUGGACGCUAAUGAGAACGCCGCGGCCGAGCGCUGGAUGCGAAAGGCCAUCGGUCUGCAGGCCGGGUUCCGCAGCGCCCUGUUCAACCUGGCUCUGCUUUACUCUCAGUCGAAACGCGAGGUGGACGCACUGCCCGUGCUGGACGAGCUGCUGCGCCAUCACCCCGAGCACGUAAAGGGCCUGAUCCUGAAAGGCGACAUCCUCAUGAACCACAAGAAGGACACCCGCGGCGCUAAAGCUUGCUUCGAGCGCAUUCUGCACAUGGACCCCACCAACGUCCAAGGCAAACACAACUUGUGCGUGGUCUACUUUGAAGAGCGGGACUUGCCGCGGGCCGAGCGCUGCCUGGAGGAGACGCUGGCACUGGCACCCAACGAGGAGUACGUGCGUCGUCACCUGACCAUCGUGCGCAAUAAAAUGGCUGCAAUGAGCGCGGCAGGGGAGCCGCUUUCAAGAGAGGGAGCCGGCGGGUCGGCCAAGGAGGAGAAGCCGCAGGAAGCGGAGGAAGAGAUUGCUGCGAGUGAGAAGGAAGGGAGGGCGGUUGGUGCUGUUGGAACGGGCGCUGGGGAUGAGAAGAAUGCGCGGAAAUCCUCAGCAGAAGGCCUCAGGGGUGGGGGGGCAGACCAAACAGAACCUUUAGACAGUACCCAGGCUGGCAAACGGACUAAGGGCAAGUCCACUAAAGAAAUUAACGACAUAGAGGAAAAAAGGGCGGCAGCCUUGAAGAGACUGGAGGAGAUAGAGCGCAUAUUGAGCGGUGAUUGAUAGCGGCGCGGCUGGGCGCCGGACCUUUUUCAGAGCUCUGCACUCUCCUUCAAAAUGGGUCUUUUCCAUCAGCUGGGAUUUUACGACUGAUUUUCUUUUUGAUGUUUUCCAAACUGCUCAGUUAAUUAUUAUUUUUUUUUUUGUUUUCUCUUGUCAAAAUCACAGGUCGUAGAAGAAAACGAAACACUCUCCACAUAAAGUUUAACGGAACAGACGAGCGCUCUUAAAUCCGUCGCAGAUGUAGAUGUGAGCUGCAACCCCAAUGUGAAUUUCACACAUGGCUUGUUUCGUUGCUCCCCGUGUGUAGUCAUUGUUUAUCACUGGAUUUGUGUUUUUAUUAAGAUGUGACUCACUUUUCUGUUGUUUAAAAAAAAAAAGAGAGGGAAUGAUUGUAUGGCGGACAAUUAACGGAAGUGACACGCUCCCCAGGCUUGUCCGAGGCCCGGCCGGUGGGAGAGCAGCUCACAGCUCAAAAUAAACCCCGCAGCGAGCAAUAGAUCCCCCCACCACACCUCUACCAGCUACCGCUCCGCCGCAGUAGCUAAUAUCUAUUGAUCUCACUCAGCACUUCCUGCUAUGACAUCAUCUUUUUGUAUUUCCAGCUGCCUUCACCUCUCUCCAGACUGUUAGCCCUGAUCUAUUAGUCCCUUUUUCACUCCUGCGCUGCUGUCCUGUAACAGCUUUGUCACAGGUGGAUGUCUGGGAUGUUUUUUCUUAGCGAACUCUUGCUUCUGCAUGGGCUACACACCCAUUUUUAUACGGCGGUUAACGAUGACGCACCCCGCUCCCUAGCAGCACCAUGUGUUUUCAUUUUCCGAAGCUCCUUCCACCAGGGGGAAUUUUUCUUAGCACAUUUGCAAAACAUGGGUUUCCUACAUCCUCUCUGCACAAUAAGGAUGAUGUAACACCUCACUGCAAAGACAUCGUUUGGAUGUUAAACGUUUUCUAAUGGUUUUGGCAGACUUUAGAUAGAGUUUCUUUAAUGUUUACAAGCCGCAUUUUGGCAACGCCAAUAGGUUGUUUUAUCACGAAGACACUAAAUGAGCCCCAAACUGGCUGUCUGUGAGGAAAAUCAUUUUAAUGAUCAUAUUCAACCAGUUCUUCAAGCAAGGCAACCAAAGACAUUUCUGCACCUUAGUCAUUAAGAGGACUGCCUCAGCGGGAGCACUAAACCCAGGCAGCCAUGUAGCUGCCCCAAGGCCACAUGCUCUUACACUCUUUACGGUACAUUUUGCAGAACUGCAUUUUUGUUCUCGCAAGCUAAUCAAGAUUUUUCGCAGCUUCCGUGAUGUUCUUGCUUUCUCUCAUGACUGAGAUCUGUUGUUUGUGACGUUAAUCGUGGAGGCGGCAGAGAAGAGGACCGAUUCCUGUAAGAAUUAGCGAGGCGGUGCUACACUAAGGCAUUGCCACACGUUUAUCUGUUCCGGCCCUAAACGUAUUCUAGAUUUAUAUUCAGGGUUUCAUAUCCAGUGUUAUUUAUUAGUGUUAUGUUGAGGCAGUGGGCGUGUUUGUGGCCGUUAUUCUUGUUUUCCUUUUUACCGUGACAAGUGUCGGAUCAACGUCGUUUGGUCAAAGCCCGAGUCAGUGUUAAACGCUAACCGAGUCACAGUGCGUCCCAUAAAGAAGGUACGGCUUUGGAGCGUGAAGCAUCCAGUGUGCUCUGUUUUCAGUUUUACCUCAUUUCAUGAGUUUCUGUUGUUUUUCCAUUUUUCACAGUUUAAGGUUUUUAUAAGACCCCUGGUGGUGGAGGUGGUGGGUAUUCAAUAAAGUGGGAUUAAAAAUCA